AUGGUCAACAACGCGACCAUCACAUUCACCCAGCCGGGCGUAAAGCCCCCGGUAUACGUCACGAGCUCGCUCAGUGGCUGGGCCCCGCUUGAGAUGGAUGUUGUUGGUGACGAAAAGACGCCCGAAGGUGAUAUUGUUUUUCGGAAGCAUUUCAGCCAAACGAGCAAGGGAAGCCACCAGUACAAGAUCCGCAUCGGCGAAGACCACUGGGUGCUAGACGAGUCAAAAGAGACUGCUACCGACGACCAAGGUAUCCGCAACAACGUUGUCCACGCACAACCACUCAGUCAUGCCUCCCCUUCGACCGCAACACCAGAUGCCACGACCGUGCCCGAAGCGACCUCGGAAAAGCCGACCCCGGUAGUGUCGUCUGAACUACAAGAGAAGCCUGCCCAUGACCGAAAAGACAGCAUGGAAGAGGUCCAGUUACAUAUCCCAACGGAGCACGCAGCCGAUGCCCAACCUAGCGCCGAACAAGUAAAGGUGGAUUCGCCAGUCGACUCUGAGACCCCCAAGACAUCUGAUGUCCCUCUUGUUGUCGAAAAAGUGGACGAUAAACCUGCACAUGAGGAAGAAAAUGUUGAGGCUCAUAAGACACCUGAUGUUCCCGUUGUGGAAAAGAUGGACCAUGAACCCGCACACGAAGAUGACUCUGAACCUCACAAGAUGCCAGAUGUCUCCCCCGUAGUCGAAAACGUGGACCAUCAACCUACACACGGAGAUGCCUCUGAACCUCACAAAACGCCCGAAGCUCCUCCCGCUGUGGAAAAGACCCAUGAUGAACCUGCACACGAAGGUGAGUCGGACUUUCACAAGACGCCGGAUGUCCCUGUCGUAGUCGUCGAAAAGGUGGAAGACGAGUCCGCACAUGGAGAUGCCUCUGAGACUUCCAAGACACCUGAUGUCCCUCUCGUAGUCGAAGACGUGGACAAUGAGUCUGCACAUGGAGAUGCCUCUGAGACUUCCAAGACGCCCGAGGUUCCUCUCGUUGCCGAAAAGGUGGAAGACGAGCCUGCACACACAGAUGCCCCCGAGACUUCCAAGACGCCCGAGGUUCCUCUCGUUGUUGUCGAAAAAGUGGACGACAAGCCUGCACACGGGGAUGACUUUGGUGAAGACGCCACGACUGCCCAAAAGGUCGCUCAUGAUCUCAGGGCUUCGGACCCAGCCCCGGGUAAACUCACUAUCUCACCCGAGUUCCAACAUAUCGAGCCUGGUACCGAUGAAGAUCAAGCAGCGCCGCUAUUCCGCCAUGAGUCCAUUCAGGCCGAUGAACCACCAUUGUCGCCUGUAAUGGAUACCAUAGACGAGGAAUCCACACAAUCAUCGGCAGAUCAUACCAGUUCAGGAGACGCCAUGGAUACACCUUCUGAGCAAGAAGAGGAGACCAGCGAACUGGAUCUUGCACCAUUGCUCAGUCACGAGACUGGUUUGAGAGGCCAGAACGAACUACUAGACACUCCACUACUUCCCCAUGAGACAAGCGAAGACUUCGUCGGUAAGGUCGACCACGCCCCCAUUCCAGAGCAGGCUGUUGAAAACGGCGGCAAUGCGACUGAUCCUGAAGGAGAGGACGAGCUUGACAGGUAUCCACUGCUAUCCCAUGAAAGUGGUUUCUCGGAUUAUAAGGGAAGCCUGGUAACUACCGAGUACGAAGACUUUGAGGACGAGGAACCUGAGCACUAUAUGCCGUUUGAUGAAGAUCGUGACGACGAUGGCGAUGCGCCUCUCCUCCCCCAUGAACGCGAGUCAGCCGUUGCCAGUGAUGCUGGCUCGACCUUUUCCCAGGAUGAGGUUCCCUUGUCCCUGGAGAGUCAGCCAAGCUUUGGGUAUGAGAGCGACAGAACAAACGAGGUCUUCAAUGGAUCUGGACGACAAAAUAUCUUUAGAUCGCGAACGAACAGCAGCAAGCUUCCCCACAGACUCCCGCAGUCGGAUGCUGAAGAUGAGAAUCUGAACGACCCUUCCUUGGAGCGCUUCCCAACCAACCGCGAUCAAAUCUUCGAGCGGGUUGCGUCCAUUGGCCUCCAUCUGCCCGAGGACGAAGCGAUGCACGACCACCCCCCACAAUCGCCACAACCAUCUGUCCUGUCUCAGGCAUGUUCUUCUGUCGAUCUUGUUCCGGUAAAAUCGUACACAUCGUUGGCUUCUGUACCGGAGGCCGAUGAUAGCGAUGAAGACGGUGACAAUGGUAAUGCAGAUGAGCACAGAUAUGAAUUCGAGGCACUGUCGUCCCCAGUAUACAUAAGCCAGAAACGCAUACGCAUGGAAAAACCGUCGGACUUUGCGCGCGACCCGAAUGCCACGCCGAUUAUAGAGGAAGGCAAGCAGCUCGAGCAACCUGCUGAUCUUGGUGAAGCAGAAAGCGUCGAUAAGCAUGACGGUGCAAACGACGUCUCACGAGCAUCAAACGCCCUGCACGAUGCUAUCUCCAAGGUUGAGGCCAAAACGACCGCCAAGGAGACUCAACCUGUUGCUGAGGUCGAUUCAGAGCUCCGCCAGCGUAGAGUGCCUGCUACACAAUCACCAAAACCAUCGAACGAUUCAUCCCCCGCUCCUUCCCCUACCAAGCCCACUGCCGAAGGCAAGGUCGCUAAAGCAGUUUCGGCAUCAGCCCUUGCCCAGCAACCCGAGAACCGCAACGACAGUUUGUUUGUCUACAUCUUCGGUGCCGUGUUUGGCCGUCUCGGUCGCUUCCUGACUGCCUGUAUGGGCGACCGGAAACGAGCUAGGUGA